GAGUCACUAUUUUUUGUGGGGGGGGUGCUGUUGUGACUUUGAACGGUCCCUAAAUGAAUGGUUGUAAGUGGAGGACUACCUGUACUAGAAAAAUAAACUGAAGUGACCAUCCCUGGGCAUCUGGAAAAAUAGCAGAAAUAACUCUCCUUGUUAAUGGUCCUUUCUCCUUAUCAUCUCUUUUUCGCCCCAAUAGAAGAGCGAGUGGUUCCCAUAGAAGUUUGCCGUUCCAAGCUGUCCAAAUAUUUACAGGGAGUCGUUUUCCGCUGUGACAAGUGCACCUUCACCUGUUCCAGCGAUGAGAGUCUACAGCAACACAUAGAGAAGCACAAUGAGCUGAGACCUUACAAAUGCCAACUCUGCUACUACGAGACCAAGCACACGGAUGAGCUCGAUGCUCACCUUCGCGAUGAACAUAAGGUGAGUCGCAAUUUUGAGCUGGUUGGACGGGUUAACUUAGAUCAGUUGGAGCAAAUGAAAGGAAAAGAGGAGAGCUCCAGCAGUGAUGAGGAAGAAAAGGAUGAGGAGAUGAGCCCCGAGACAGAAGAGAGAGGGGACAUGAGGUUUUCAGAAAACGGUCCUCCUGAAAAACGCUUCCCCUGUGAAUUUUGCGGGCGAACAUUUGCUGAAGGUUCCGAAUGGGAGCGGCAUGUACUGAGACAUGGCAUGGCAAUGAAUGAAACCAACCGGGUCAUCAGUGACGAAAGCCAGGCCAAAGAGAACGCGGAAGAGACGGUUAAGGUACCCUUGGCAGAAGAAAUGGAAAGCAGCCUGAAGAGACUGGGGGACUUUCCCCACCAGAACGAAGCUGCCAUCUGUGUCACUGCUGCUGCUGCUGCUACUGCUGCUGCUGCUGAUAAUAAAUCACUCCCAGAGAUGGCAGAGGUCAAAAGUGAAUGAGCACCUGGUGUGAUUUCCGACAACCUACUUGAACAGUGAUGAAUGGGGAGGGGGCGGGCAGGGGGACAAGGAAGAAUCAAAGCUGCUUUUAGGACUGAAUGAUCUAUUUUCAAAGCACUGGUACCUGUGUGGGUGUGUGUGGGUGUGUGCGGGCGUGCGUGGGCGUGUGUCUGUAUAUAGAUUAAAUUUAUUUAAUUGAGGACGGUGGGAUCCAUGGCUCCAUGACACCCGCACGACUCUUCUGGAUCUCGACAACGGGAAGUUAACACGGUCAUAACUUUGGACUUGCGAGAAUCGAAUUCCCAGAUGUGUCUUGCAUUAUUUUGCCUUUGUGCUCCACCGCUGGAGACUUCGGGAUCCUUUCGGCGAGAGAGGCGUCUCAAGGAUGGAAGAAUGCAGGGGACAAAAGUUCCGUGCCCAUCUUUGGGGCACUCUUUUUUUUUUCUUUUCUAGUUUUAAUAUACAUACUACGCUUUUCCAGAGUGACAAAAAAAAAAAAAAACCAAGAAAAAGAAAAGAAAGUUAAAGACUGCUUUGGCUUAAAACAGUCACCUGUUUCCUAGUACCUCAGAAUUAACCAAGGGAAAUUAAAAAUGAAAAAAAAAAAACACACAAAACAAAUCUCUGCAUUUGUGAGUACUACCUGUUGUCAUUGUGGUUAAAUAUAUAUAGAAAGACAGACUGCUGGGCAAGAUGGUGAAUGGAAGAAAAACCACAAAGUUUUAAAAGAAAGAGAAAAACACACAAAAAAACAAAAUUGUGCUCAAAAAUCCCUGUGGGGGGUUUAUUUCUUAAAAUACUGUGAUUUUUUUAAUUAUUUUAGUAAAAAAACAAAACAAAAAAGAGAGAAUUCCUAGAUACCUGUCUGUGACUUGUCAUCUUUUAUUCCAGGUAAGCUGUUUGUUAGCGUUCAGCUAUGAUUUUAGGGCGUUGGGUUGCUUGGUUGGUUGGGUUUUUUUUCUUUUUUAAGACUCAUGUGAUUGACUCUGUGCCGUUCUUGUUUGCCCCAUGUCUACGUUGGCUCAGCCUGAGGGAUUACAAUACAGCACAAUUAAUUUUUUUUCCAUGUAAAGUAAUGUCCCCACCACGCAUUUCUCCUUUGCUCUCUCAUCCAAUGAGAUAGGGCUGGGAAGGAGAAGUAGUUCUUGUGAAUAGAUGAUGAUGAUGAUUAUUAUUUAGUUUUAAACAUGUGGAGAUAUCAAAGAAGGUAACUUUUUUAAAGAAACUCAAAAACAAAAAAACCCUUUUAACUAAAGAACCAAACUUACAGCACAGCUAUGCAGAUUGUGGACCCACCCAAGAGUCCUCAGAAUCAUUCUGUUGCUCGUCCAAUUGAACAUUUUUCACUGGUUAUUAUUUUGGUUACUUAAGAAUGGUUGCCUUUUUUUUUUUUUUUUAGUGUGGUGUCUCGUUUUGGUACAAGGAGGGUCGGAGGGGGAGGGAAUCGAUAACCACAUAGUUCUAAAGUUCAGGUAACCCAGUUUUGCAAUAUUAGGAGCCUAGAGAUCUACAUUUUAUGGACUUCAAGGAGGGAGAAAAAUCAUUGCGCCACCUCGCAUUCUUCACAUGAGGGGGAACAGCAGAGCCUAAACAGGAAUAGAAGUUGUGUUUUUGAGUUCCUUUUUCCAUGUAAAAAUGUUGGGAUAUCUUGCAUGAACCUGAAGCAGAAGGUCCAGGCCCAGGGAAGAAUGGUCUGAUAAAUGGGGUUACUUUCCAAAAGUAGAAAGUACUUGAGUGAAAUCUAGUUUUAGAAAUGCAUGUGUCUCUUUGGGUUGCUUUUCUUUUCUUUUUCCUUUUUUCUCCCUUUUUUCUUUUCCUUUUUAUUAUUAUUAUUUUUUUUACCUUUGAGGGAAGGGGAAGGGAUGAAGCUGCCGAGAAGCCAAUAUCCACACAAAAAUUCUCAAAUGGAUGGUGUAAAAGAGGUGAAAAG